UGGCUGAUUUGUGUAUUUAAAUCUAGUUUUUUAAAAAUCAGAACGAUAUUAAAUUUGAACACAAGCCUGUGAGUUCUGGGUUUUUCCUUUUCAUAUGGGACGCCCCUGAAAGGAUGUGUAUGUGUGUGUGUGAUUGUUUGUGUACCCCUUAGCACGGGACUUGGGCUGGCAGCAGAAGGAGGGAGAGAGUGUGUGUGAGAGAGUGAAAAAGAGAGAGAGAGAGAGAGUGUGUUUUCUGCUGCUGAUGCAGCAUUAUUUAAUACAAACAUGAGGGGAAAGAGGGAGCGGUCCUCUCAGCCUCUGUCCAGCCUCUUUUUGGCAGCUGUGAGUCUCUCAGACGCUCGGCUCGUUUGUUUGGGUGUCUGUGGUUCAUGCGUGUUCAUGUGUGCGGAUGAGGCUGAAACCACAGAAUGGGCUAUUGAUGACCGGAUAGGAUGGAGAGCAGUUGGGCUUCUGCUGAGUUUGAUCUCGCUCAGAUCCGAUUGAUCGUACAUCAGGAUUGUGAAAGAAGGGGCCGGCAGGUUCUCUUUGACUCUAAAGCGAUACGGAAGCUGGACCCCUCUGAACCGAAUGCAGAGGAGACGAAGGUUCCACCUGCCCGGAGUGGUGCGUGCCAGAUCAACAGCAAAGCAAGCCAGAAAGAGUCUCCUCCUACAUACCAGUAUACCAGACCAGCUUCAGAUGUCAACAUGCUUGGAGAGAUGAUGUUUGGCUCUGUUGCCAUGAGUUACAAGGGUUCAACACUGAAGAUUCACCAUAUCCGAUCCCCCCCUCAGCUGAUGGUCAGUAAAGUUUUUUCUACGCGACAUGGCAGUAGCAACACGGGCAGCACCAACACUCUACAGGACAGUUUUGAGUCGAUUAGCCAGACAUGCCCAAGUCACACCAGUAGCAUAGGAUUUUGGAGUUUAUCUAGCACCACUGUUGCCCUGGGUUACCCCAUCUGCCCCACCCCUCAGCUCCUUGUUCGGAGUGCAUCUUUCUUUGCAGCUCACAGUAAUCCUGUGGACAUGCCAGGCAGAGGACAUAGCGAGGACGGGGACAGUGGCAUCGCACGCUCAGCAUCACUAAGCAGCUUCUUGGCCACGCCCAUGCCCUCGCCUGGCUCCUCCUCUAGCAGUGGCUGCGCCAGCAGUUAUCAACGUCGAUUGCUUCGUAGCCAAGCAACUAGCCUACAACACGGUCCCAUUCCUCGCUGGAGCACAGAGGAGAUGUUCAGCCUGUCGGACGAAAGCUGCAGCUCGAACCCGGCGAUGGCUCGGAGGAAGAAGAUCGCCGUCAGCAUCAUCAUCAGCCUGCCGGAGAAAGAGGAGGAGAGCCACAGCUUCCAGGAGUUCUUCUUCUCUCACUUCCCGCUCUUCGAGUCCCACAUGAACAAGCUGAAGACCGCCAUCGAGCGGGCCAUGAUUGUGUGCAGAAGAGUAGCGGAGGCCAGUCAGCGGGUGCAGGUGUAUCUGUGUCGAGUCAUGGAGGCGCUGGGGGAGUUCAGGAUGACUGUGUGGAACCUCUACAUGGCUCCACGGAUUACUGAGCCUGUUUGGCUGACCAUGGUGUCCCAGAGUGCUGAGCGAAACCAGCUGUGCCAGCGCUUCCUGAAGGAGAUGAGUGUGCUCAUGGAGCAUGGCGCUAAAACUCAGUUCCUCUCAGCGCUGCUCACCGCUGUCCUCAUGUACCACUUAGCCUGGGUUCCCACUGUGAUGCCUAGCAACCACCUGCCAAUCAAACCCGUCUGCCAGAAACCCGCCUCUCACACUGUGGACCUGCUUGCAAAGUCUCAUCCAUACAACCCACUGUGGGCUCAGCUAGGUGAUCUGUAUGGUGCGCUGGGUUCCCCCGUGCGAGUGUGUCGGACGGUGGUCGUUGGGCGGAGGAGAGAACUGGUGCAGCGCGUCCUCUACAUCCUGUCCUACUUCAUCCGCUGCUCAGACCUGCAGGAGAAUGCACAGCCUCCGGGACACACGGACAUUCCAGCCAAUCCCUGCCCAGCUCUGUACUCCGCCCCCCUCUCUGAAAGGACCAAUGAGACACCACUCAUCCCCGAGUCAGAGGCUGCAAAGCCGCCUGUCUGCACUGGGAACACCAACGAUAAAACACUAAGCGCUAACGUAGAUGGUGCAAAUGACGCUCCAGUUUCAGAAAGGACCAGUAAAAAAGCUCCUAAAUCAGACUCUGCUGGCCCCUCCCCUCUCCCUGAACCGACCAGUGAGAGGCUAGCCUGUGCAGAUCCUGGGUGGGAACCGUUUGGGGACGCUACUGACCCUGUGGGUGGAGGUUUAGAGCAUAUUUUGGCCAAUCAGAGCCCUCCAGUACAGCGGGUGAAGUUUACCAUCGGCAGCCCUCGAGAGUCGGACCACGAUGGGCAGCGGUGUGGGCGGGGCUUGCACAGGAAGUUGCCUCACAGGCGUUUGGCAGACAUGCGGCGGAACGAAAGCUCUGACAGCUCUUUGGGCGACAGUGACGAGGAGGAGACGGCGUCACCUAGUCAACAAGCGUACACGCCGGCGACCGAGACGGCACGAGAGUACGAGCUUCCUCUUCCAAGCUGUCAGACGGAGAGCCGAGCCAGUGUGAAUCACUUCGGACGUUCUCUGCUGGGAGGUUACUGUCCUCAGUACAUGCCUGACUUCGCUCUGCACGGCAUCAGCUCUGACCAGCGGCUCAAGCAGUGCCUCAUGACCGACCUGGAACACACAGUGCUGCACCCCGCACUGGACGAGCCUGUUGCAGAGGCAGUGUGUAUCGUGGCGGACACAGACCGUCUGUGUGUUCAGGUGGCCACGAGCCAGCGGCGUGUGUGUGAGCCAGGGCGGCUAGGAAGAGACGUGAUGGUUUCCAGCCUCGUACAUACACUCCUCACGUCCGUGCUGCAGCUGCACACGCUCAAUAUCGCCGCAGACUUUUGUGUGAUGCACUUGGAGGAUCGGUUGCAGGAGAUAUAUUUUAAGAGCUGUUCUUUGGCAGAGUAUCUGAGAGGACAGAGGAGAGUCCAUGUGAAAGAACUGGGACUAGCACUGGGGAUUGAGUCCAGUGAUCUUCCAUUGCUGGCGGCAGUAGCCAGCACACACUCGCCCUACGUCGCCCAGAUUCUCCUGUGAGUGGACCACGGAGGAGUCUCUUCCCUAAACUGACCAAUCAGAAUGUGUUCCUUCUCACUACAGCCCAAUGAGGAGCAGAUUUCAACAGUUUCAACACAGCAGUCCGGGUUCGCUCUCCGUCGGACCAAUCAGAGCCCACGCCUGGCCUUAAUUGGACCAAUCGGGAGUUUGUUCUUAGUCCUCCAAGACGGAUUGGGUCGGAUGGAUUACGUCGUCUGCAGCAGAAUGGAUAAUGACUGUGUGUUUGUGUGUGUGUGUUUGUGUGUGUGUUUGUGUGUGUGUGUGAAUGUUUGUGUGAAUGUUUGUGUGAAUGUUUGUGUGUGUGUUUGUGUGUUAGCUUUAGGCCUACACCGUUUCUGCCUUUGGAGACUGGAGCUCUCUGAAACAAAGACUUGUUUACAUUCAGAAUUUGUUCUCUGUUGAAUUUUCAUUAUUUUAUUUUGUCAGAAAGGGAGGAAUGUAAAAGAAACACUAAGCUCAAAAUUGCUACUCGCCUAUUCGAACGGAUUAGUUUCUCGGGGGGGUUCUUGGGUAAUUUUCUCUUUUAUGGGGGCUCCUCUUUGAUUUUAUUCCCAUCUGGAUCGACCAUGAAUGUGUUUUUCUCUAAAUUACAGGCUGAAUUAUCUACUGUUUUUUGCUGACUCACUAGGAGGUAGCUCCUCCAUUUCCACUCGAUGUUGUGUUUAACGUGGAUCUUCGUGGAAGUGUGCGUCCAAAGUGUAGUUACGGUGCGCGGCAGUGGACAAAUAAAUAUUUUAUUUAACGUGAAAAAAACAAAACUCAGAGAUGUGCGUCUGGACAGUACUAAAAUUACUGGAGGACCACAGAGUUCAGUGAAAAACAGCAGAUAAUUCAGCCUGAGAAAAACACAUACAUGGUCCUUCCAGGUGGGAAUAAAAUCACAGAGGAUCCCCCAUAAAAGAGAAAAUGACCCCAAGACCCCCUGAGAAACGAAUCCUGUAUGGAUAGGGCUGUAAAGAGGAAUUCCACAGAUAUUUCAGAUUUUGUUUGCAUAAUUACAUACGUAAUUAUGGCUUUGCUCUAGCCUUGUGUGUUAAGAGUUAUCAGGCUGUCUAACCCAAGGUUGAACCAUCUGGACCAGCUUUUGUUGCCUUUGAAACUUUGCUUUAAAAAUAUGCACCUGAAGAACCUUUCAACAAGUGCUCCUUUGGGUUUCUUGGACAGUCCAUUAUUUUGCUCUUUUUUCUAAGAGUUAAUACAUACAUUUUCAAAAAUUGGCAACAUCUGAAGUUUCCUUAGAGACCCUGCCCUCGAAGAACAUUUCACUAGACGUGGUUUUCAAACUAGUCCUUGGGGUUUCUGCACACUCCACAGUUUUGCUCUAUCCAUGAGGAUUAAAGAGUUUAUUUUUUCUAACACUAUGGAUGGACCUUAGGCUAGACUUUAAGCCUAAGACUAGAUCCUGAUAACUCCUAACAAACAGCAAUAGAGGAAAGCUCUGGAGCCUUGGGGACCACAAAGAAAGACUUGAGAACCAUCAUGUACAAUGAAACUAAAUGAAUGGGAUGGGCAGGUACAUUUGAAAGUUGGCAUAUUGUUUUGUUUACGUAAUUAAGGGUUUGCAAAUUGUGGGUCGCAGUUAAUGCAUGCCGAAGAUGACCACCAGUUCUGCCCCCAGUUCUGUUGAUUGAGCUGAUUGCUGUUUGAGUGGCUCCCUCUUGUGGUGGGAAAGCAGGUUUACUGGAGAAUUACUUCCUUGUUAGUUGGUGUUUGUAAGUAAUUAGAGUGAAAAUUAUUUCGUUAUUCGUUUGAUAAUUGUUGUGCUCUGAGGUGCUGAUGUCUCAUUUGCAUGUGCAUCAAGUAAUAUUACUGGAUGGUUCAUUCUGUAAGUUUGUUUGUGUAUGUUUGUGUGAUUUCGUUGCAGAGAAAGAAGAAACGCAAUGUUUACGUGAAGUUUACGCAAUGUUUACGUAAAGAGACUGGUAACUAAGCAGCGGUUAGCAGUGUAUCGUCUGUGUACGCCCCAUUCAAAGUCAAGAAUGUUUACAUACUGGAGGUAUUGGAACAAGACUAGAAUUAAAGCAGAAGUUAGUUCAGUGUAUGUAUGUGUGUGUGUAUGUAAUGUACGUUUGUGUACGUUUGUACGCGUUUCUAUGUAUUUAGUCUUUCGUUUCUAUACCAGGUGCUACCAUGUUCUACGCUGUGUAUAGGCAUUCUAUAACACACACUUUUAUACUCUCUCAUUUGAAAUAUACUUCACUAAUAAUAAGAAGUAACACAAAAAAGCCAUUAAGGCUCAGUCUUAAUCUCAUUUAAAAGAAAAAAGGAAGGUCUUAUGGUUCUCGUUUCAUUAAUAUUCAUAAGACUGAAUACAAGAAAAACUCGUAAGUAUUUUUGUACGCUACGUUCUACCUCAGAUAUGAUGGCCUUUACAGUGGGCUCGCCGUUAGUGAUAUUAGUGUGGUCUUAAAAAAAAAACAAAGGUUCUAAAGAGGUUCUUUGGAAAGGGAGUUUGGUGCUUUUCCACUACUUGGUACUAGGCAUGGAACAAAAGAUCGAUAUUGCGAUAUUUUCGGUCAUACAUUAUCGAUACAAGGUGUCAAAUAUCAAUAUUUUCAUUGAAACAUAGGUUCUGUAACUCACUAAAACUCACCCUGAAAUUGGACUUUUGACUAAAGUCGCUGCUUUAUUACUUAAUUUAAUAAUGUGGUGGCGCUAUAAUCAAAUGAAUAGGGUAAACUUGCUGUGAAGAGCCUCGAAACUGGUUCGUUUUCCACAAAAACACAGCCCAUAGGUUGCCAGAUAGUCUACAAUUUAGCACUAUUUGUUGCUGGAGAAAACAUCUGAACAGACAAGAUACUGAAGAGCUUAAAGUGUGUCUUUUUAUUGACUUUUUUGUUUUUCUAUUGAAUGGUACCUACACAACUCAACUUAACAAAAAUCUACUUCCUUGUUGGUACCUGAAACCUCAAACCUGGUUAGAUUUCUACUACUAGUAGAGUCAACGGACCACCAGACCGUCCUCAAGUUUGUUUAAUUCUUAUGGUUGGAGCAAACAUCUGUACCUUGAUGGCUCCUAUAGUUGUGGCGAGGAUGGAACCGAAUAGUCCUACAGUGUAAACUGUUCAAAAAGAUGGUGUGAACAGCCAAAAAUGAACAUUGGGUUUAGUCUGGUCAGAGAAAUCACCUGUGAACAUAGACUAAGUGUCUUGUGGUCACUAAGGACCAGCUUCAGAACAUUCACCAUUGGUUAAAUGAAGCAGGGACCAAAUAAAAGGUUCUGUUGCAGUUUUUCUCCAAAUUUGACCUAAAAUGUAGAGUAUUUUAGCCAGGAAUCCAAGAACCAUUUGGAACCUUUGUUUUUAGGAGUGAACGCUUGUCCCUCGAGGAAAACUGAUCUGUCUUUUCAGGCCGUCCACAUGGCGUCUGUGUGAGUGUUUUGUUUUUGUUUUUAGGGUUUUUUUUAUGGAUGUUUGAAUGAAGGAAUGCAUUUUUUUUUUAGAAUUUUUGUUCAUUGUGACAUUGUUGGAAUGUUGAUGAAAGCUGAUGUUAAAUAAAUUGUUCGCAAUUGAGAA